CACACUUGCAGCAGGCAGCGUGUAACCGAUCACUGCAGAGUGAAGCCAACGGAGAACACUAACUAGAUUUACUGAAACCGAGCAAAAACAAUCGGCAGAAUGAUGAACAGUGCAGCAGUAUAUCCCGCUCCCUCCGCCCCUCCAGCCGACAUGUUCGGCACCGUUCCCGGCUAUGAAGGCACUGUGGCAGGAGGAGGAGGUUGCCUGCCCCCUCCUAUGCCCAUGGAGCCUGUAGCCCCGCCCCAGCCCGGCCCUACACCUGAAGACUGGAGCAUCCCCUCUCUGUCAGAGGAUGUGGCUCAUGAGGCGUUCAAGAGCUUCGCGUCGUCUAACUGCUGCUGGAGCAAAAGUCCUGCCAAUGACGGAGUCAUCACCAGCAUGGAGCCGUUCAACACCUACAGGUACCGACUGGAGACGUUCACUGAGUCCAGGUCAACUGAGUGGGCUCACAAACCUCAUGAAGGUGAGCCUGCUGAUUUCUACACCCAGACCGCCCCCCGACCCUGGGAGAUCCAGGCCACGGCCCCAAGCCUCUUCACCAAUCACACAGAGGAGAUCCGCGUGCCCUUCACCUCCUCCAUCAAGGAGUGCCACACCUGCCAUGCCUCAGGGACGAUGCAGUGUGUAGAGUGCCAUGGAAAUGGAUAUAAACCGUGCUGGGCGUGUAACGGCUCCGGGACAAAGAGCGACGAAAACUGCUCCCGCUGUGAUUCUACAGGCAAAGACAGCUGUACAGAAUGCAAUUCACGCGGAUCGAAGGACUGUGAAACCUGUGAAGGAAAACGACAACUGCUGACCUACAUCCAGCUCAAAGUUGAGUGGACUGAUAAUGUGGAGGACCACGUGGUGCAGCAGAACUCGGGUAUUAAUGUUGAUGACCUUCGCUCGGUGACCGGGAAGGAGCUGUUCAAGAACAACCAAUACCUGCUCUACCCUCUGUUCGGGUUUCCAAACCCGGCCAUAGCCGAGGCGUCUGAGCGUCUGAUCAAAGACCACCAGAGUAAAUACGCCCAGACCUCCAGGAUCCUGCAGCAGAGGCAGAAGGUCGAGUUGAUCCCCAUCACUAAGGUGAACUAUAAGUGGAAAGGAGACUCCCACGUUUACUACGUCUACGGCAACGAGAACCAAGUCAGCGCAGACAACUACCCCGCUACCUGCUGCUGUGUUAUCCAGUAGACACACGCACACACACACACACUCUUUAUUGGAGAGACAGGACAGUGGAUAGAGUCAGAAUUCAGGGAGAGAGAGUGGGGAAUGAAAUGCAGGAAAGGAGCCACAGGUGGGAUUUGAACCUGGGCCACCCGCUUGGAGGACUACAGCCUCCCUACAGGGGCACGACCUAACCGCUAGGCCAUCAGCGCCCCUCCUAAUUUCUGACUCCAUUUUUUUCACCUGAGAGGAAAUAACGUAUUCUACUUUAUGUAAAGAAAAUGUUAAUCCUUGAAACCACUAAUCCUCCUGUCGACUCUAAUUCAAGAUUCAAGAGUUGUAAAAAAAAAAAAAAAAAAAAGGAGAAACUUAUUGUUUGGGGAGGGAAACUAUGCUGUCAAUCCAUUCUCAGAGUUCAUUAUUAUCUCUGUGUGAAACCCGCCUGACGCUUUGACCACUACCAAAUAUUUCUGUCUGAAAAUACCUUAACUGAACAGUUUACAGAACAGCAUGUGCCAAAUAUCAUCCUCAGGAUUACUUGGAAACUUUAUAAGUCCAAUAGAUCGCUCUCUGAAAAACCUCACUUGGUUCCUACCUGUGUUCUUUGACCUGUGGUUUAAUGUCAUGUAAGAAAUCAAAACCACUUCAUUGUUUACAAAUCUGACCUGGGUUUUCAUGAUUCAGGAACAGAAGGUGAUACCUUUUAGUUUUCCAACAGGUCUGGUCGCAUUUUAACGUAUCAAAACUUUGGCUUAAUCUGCUUUUCUUCGCUAAAUAUUUGAGCUUAUAGUGACACACCAGCUGUUCACUGAGCUAGAGGACCUAAUGUUGCUAGGAAGCUAACAGCUAACAUGCUAGCACUUGUCAGUUUUAAUCACUUUGAAGCCUUUUUGUACAUUUUGUGCCUUUGGAAGAUUUGGCAAGUUUUUUCAUAGGCGCAACCCACAUACUCAGCUCUGCUGCUUAUCCCACAUACUCAGCUCUGCUGCUUAUCCCACAUACUCAGCUCUGCUGCUUAUCCCACAUACUCAACUCUGCUGCUUAUCCGACAAAUGCAUGUUCCUUACAAAUGUGGCACCAUUUCAAAGGGAAAUAAACAGGCUUUCCAACGGUAUAUAUUUGUUUAGAUCUCCUUUAAAAAUACUGCUAUCAUGCGUGACAAAAGAUCCCUAAUAUCUUUUGUAGUUUCAGAUUCAUUCAUCUUAAGUGGCUGUCAAUUAAUGGCAUAAAUGUGUCUAAAACAAAGUUAAAAUUUAACAAAGUUUAUGAAAAUAAAUCCCCAACUGAAUCCACAGAGCUAUUUAUUAUGGCAACUAGUUAAUCAAUCCUCAUAUAACUAUUUUGUAUAUUCUUCACAGUUUAGUAAAUAUCUUGGAUUUCAUCUUGAAUAAAAAGUAUUACCGUUAUAGCCUUCAUUUUUAGUGCAGGAAUAAGUUAUGUGUAACAGUUUAUUUCAAACACAAACAGACCCUGCUCGAUAAUCUACCUGAUGUUUGUCACAUAAUGAUGACAGACUUACCUCAGAAAAGCAGUAAAACGGCGAUAAGUAAUGUUUCAUGUCUCUUUUCUAAAACCAACAUCGCAUCAUGUCUUUGUGUUAAAGGCGGGGUUGGUAAUUUUCUCCAGAUCCACUUUUUCAAAUUUUGGUUGAAAUUGUCUUUAGGUCCUGACAGAAAUUAAAAACUCAUGUGCUCUGAAAAAGGACCAAAGAAAAUCAGUCAUCUGUAGCAGUUGUCACAUCCCAUUUAAUACAUUCACAGACAUGUUUGGAGAGAAGAAUCACGUUCAUUGUCUGUACGCCAAAACACAAGAGAUAGUUUGUUUGUGAAUUUGAAUAAAACUGUUGCCUGUAGUUUUGCUGAUUCACUGACAGCUGACAUCAACAGUUCAUGUCCCUUUAAAUGUAUUUGCUGUAGUACAUCAGGCGGCCUGCAGAGGGCGCUAUGUGUUUGUUUUAAGUGUUGAACAUGACUCCAUGAACCUGCCCCCUGCUCUCAGUACCCCUCAUGCAUUCAUGUGGUUUUUAAUACUUGACCACAAACUGUACGCUCUCCACUUCUGCUUUUCAUAAAUAAAUGUUUUAUUGUCAGGUGCUGAAAUGUCUCAAAUUUAUAUUCAAUGUUUUAUAUCUGUAUUUGUUUCUGUUCAUGUCUUUGUUUAAUUUUUUUCUUUUUGUCAGAGUUAAAUUUUUGAACAAUUGACUUUUACUUCUGGGCUGUCAGAGCGUUCUUAAACACACUAAUGAAACAUCAAUAAGACAGAAAUAGCUGACGUUCAUCGUCUCAAACUAACACGAUGCUGCUGCAAUUCGAUGCACCUUUUUUUUGUUUUUAGUGGAAUGGCCCUUUAUCUGAACUGUAACAACCUUAAAGUAAUCUGACUAACGAGCCGCUCUGCUACUAACCUGAUGGACGUAAUGAUGUUAUGAAUCUUUAACUGUAACUCUGUGGGCCAAAAUAAAAAAAAUGAUGCUACAGUGGAUCAUGAAUAUGUUUCUGUCAAACUGAAAAUAAAGUCUGAGCCCGACCUAUUCU